CGUCUUCUAGGGCAUUCAAACUUCGAUUCUCAUUUCAAUUCCGGUGGUGAACUCAGGAAUAACUCGGAGGGAAGCGCGGCGGCGGAUCAAAAAUCAGAUCGGAUCGGGAGCGGCGGAGAUAUGUCUUCAAGAAUUUCUCUGAAACCGGGGAAAGGGAAGGUGAAGAAGUUGCAGGCGCCGGACGACGAUGAGGGGUCCCUGGCCGCCGCGUCCAAGUUCGUCAAGGAGUGGAGCACCUGGACGAUGAAGAAGGCGAAGGUCAUCACUCACUAUGGCUUCAUACCGAUGAUCAUCAUUAUUGGCAUGAAUUCCGAGCCGAAGCCCUCUCUCUCGCAGCUGCUGAGCCCCGUGUAGAAAUUGGGGAUUUCAUAUCGGAUCGUUCUGGUUUAGUCCUUUUACAUUAUUUAUGUCUCUGCGUCGAAAUUGCAGUUAGGGAAAAUGAUCUGCAACUCCUUUAUUUAUAUAUCUAUGUAAGGAUGGUUCAAUUUCCGUCUGUUAGUGUUCGAUAUAUGCUCUGAUUAUGUGACAUUUGCUUGAUAAAUUAUAUGCAUUUUGGUUAUAGGUGUUUUAUUUUGUGAUGAA